AUGCCUGGCAAACAUCAAAUGCAGCUGUGGAGUCUCGAAAUACAGACCAUGUCUUCAGUGAUCAACACAAGAGACGGCAUGCUGACGCCAGCGACCGAUCCGGAUCGACUCCGGUCCGGCGAACGGCUGGUCGCUUGCAGCGGGAACAAACUCUGCCGCGGGAAUGUGGUCAGUCAGAGGUCAGUGGUCAAAACUAAACUCGCACUCAAACGUGAAACUCACCCUCUCCUUGAACCCAGCCCACCGUUGCCCCCGUCACGACCAGUGACCAAUUUAGCGCAGACGGUGGCGGCGGCUCCGCUGCCCGGACCGCAUGUCGAACAUGGCGCCGACCGAGGACAGACCAUGGUCGGCGAACAGCGGUCCAUUCGUCACUCCGGCCGCCGCCGCCGUCCGUUCGUGCUGAAGGCUUGCACUGACGGAGGACGUCGAAGAGUCGACCAGCCAGCGUAUCUGUUUACAUUAUCCUCGAAGUCAGUUGGUGCCGUUUUGACGAUCGCUGCCUAA